AUGGACGGGUUAUUAACGGGCAAACAACAGCGUUCAAACGAGAAUUCCUUCAAUUUUGAAUUCUUCCGCAAUACAUGGGUGGGAAGAUUAAAAAUUGUGCAGUUGUUUCUCUGCCUUGUUUCAGCCGCACUUGCGCCUAAGACCGGGCAUGACCAUGAAACAGAAUUUGAAUUUGUGAGAAUAGUCGUGUGGACGACUUUUGUCUUCACCCUCAUCGACUGUUUUCUCCGUCUGGUUCAAGAUUUCUGGGAAAGGUUGGCAACUCUUUAUAAUGAACACCCUGGGAUCCAUCUUGUUCUAUGUGUUUUUGGAACGCUUGGACUUGGUGUGAGUUCAAUCACUGAGCUAAUAGUCGCUACACAUGCCAAACAUCCAAAUAUGGCGCGGGUUUCAGGGCUUUUCGGCCUCUUUGUCGUGUUGGCAUUGGGUGUGGAGGCUUUCAUGCAUUAUCAGGAUUACAAGCAGAAGUGAGCAAUAGUCCAUACGAGUGUAAAACAUUGGUUUUAUUAACACCUAUUUUGAACUUUCGUUCUGCCAAGGAAACCAUAAGCUUAAUAUUACAGUACUAUUAUAUCGUGCAAGGUUUUGCAUACAAAGCCAAAGGUUUGAUACGAUUUUACAGUGCGUCUACAGUAAGUGGGGCCACUUAGAGAACACUAACAAAUCACAUUGCAGAACAAAAAUUGAAAAAAUCAACAAACGGCGCAUUAGCCAAUCAGCAUUAGGCUAAAAACAAUUUGAAC